CCUAUUUUUGAAAAUAGUUAUAGUUAUAUCAAAUGUUUUUUUAUUUCUUAUGAAUAGCUAACAUAUAACAAAAUGUCAAGUUCUAUAAAUUACACUUUUGCUGAAAUGGGCAUGCUCUCGUGGCAGCAGAUGCAAAAACAAUGGUCACUUGUUGGACCAUAUGAACAGAUUACCGAUGCAUUUUUAUCUGAUGUAUCAGAAGCAAACCAAAUGGUUUCUAAUGAUUUUGUAGCAAUUUUAAUGUUUGCCGUGCUAUUUACGCUGCAUAGAUACGUUGUAACCAUUUGUCUGCUCAAACCUAUUUGGAAAUACCUUGAUCUUUUUCCAAAAGAAGAGAAAAAAUUUUAUGAAAGCUGCUGCAAGUCGUUCUAUUAUGCAGUAUUUUUUAUUUGGGAGUAUUACUUAGUCAACAUCAAAUACCCAGAAUUACGUUACAGAUUGGCUUCACAUUGGGAAGGAUUUUAUCAGGAAAUGGAAAUUCCAGAUCCUAUAAAAUAUCUUUAUUUGAUACAAAGUGGUUAUUACAUUCAUUCAAUUUUUGCAACUGUGUUUAUGGAUGUUUGGAAGAAAGAUUCCAUUGCAAUGCUUUAUCAUCAUGUUCUUGCUUUGACACUUAUUCUUUUUUCAUACUCAGUGAGAUACCACUGCAUAGGUUUAAUUGUUUUGUAUCUACAUGAUCCAUCUGAUGUUAUCCUUGAAGCAACAAAACUUGGUGUUUGUAUAAAUAAGAAGAAAAAAAAUCAUAUAUUUGAAGCAAUAAAUAAUUUUGGAUUUGUUUUUUUUAUUUUAGUGUGGAUUUAUUUUCGAUUGUAUCUCUAUCCUCAAAUUGUGUUAUUUUCUACUGCUUACAUCUCUGUAAAUACUAUAUCACAUAACAAGUUCUACAUACCUUUUAAUGCCAUGUUGAUUUUGCUUUAUGCUUUAAAUCUCUGGUGGUUUAAUAUGAUAAUGGGACUUGCAUAUCGGAUUGCUACUGGAAAAUUGAAAGAGUUAGACGAUACAAGAGAAUACGACAAUACAUGUAAACCUCAACUUGACUCCAAAAAAAAUUUGAAUAAUGGAAUGAAAUUUGUUAAAGAUCAUCUAAAAAACGGUCAUGGCACGCGCAACAGAAGUUCGUGAUCUUUAAAACCUUACAACAUCUUUUUAUUCAUUGUGUAAAGUUUGUUCCAAAUUUUAUUUCUUUGUUUUAGUUUUGAGAAAAGUUUUUCUUUUUUAGCAAAGUAAGGUAAAAUAAAAAAUGUUUAUGAAACAUGAGGUUUUUAUCAGCCAUGCUGGUUUUGGCGAUAAAUCUUCUGUUUUUGUAUAUCUGCAUUAAUUUUUGUUGGAUUUUUAUGAUAA